AUGAUCUGGAACAACCGUCUGAUUUUGGCGUUGUCGCUGCUGCUGCGCCUGCAUCUCGCCAUCUCGCCGUCUUACAUCCACCCCGAUGAGCACUUUCAGGGCCCGGAGUACGCGCUGGGCAACCUGUUUGACUGGGCCCAUGAAACCACCUGGGAGUUCAGGGGCGACAGUCCCAUUCGCAGCUUUGUGCCGCUAUGGAUCCUGUAUACUGCUCCCCUGAGCGUGUUGAAUUUCCUGUGGAAGGGUCAGUUGUCGCCUCGAGAAGCUUACUGGUUCAUCCGAGCCGGCCACGCGCUGGCAUACUGGAUUCUGGGAGACAUGGCUCUGGACCGAUUGAGCGACAGCAAAAAGAGCAAGACCAAGACGCUGUAUCUCGUGGGAUGCUCCUACGUCACGUGGUCAUACCAGAGCCAUACCUUCUCCAACUCCACAGAGACACUGCUGGUACUGUGGUGUCUUGUGAUCAUCAAAGAGAGCCAGCAACGGCACUCAAUGCACCAUCAACGUGUCCACAAGUUUAUGGAUGCUGGUUUGCUCGGUCUGCUUAUUGUCAUUGGAACCUGGAACCGAGUUACUUUCCCUCUAUGGCUCAUUGUUCCUGGACUGACCUACCUACGGAAGUACCUCAUUCAUAACAUUUCGUCGCUCAUACUGCUUAUUGCCAGUGUAGCUCUCACGGCCUUCUUUGUCAUCCAUGUUGAUUCAGUUCAUUAUGACCUUGAAUGGACCAUCACUCCCCUCAACUCCUUCCUGUACAAUUCUCAAGGACACAAUCUGGCUGAGCACGGCAUUCACAACAGACUCACACACCUCGUGAGCAACCUCCCUGUGCUUCUGGGUCCUCUUCUUAUUCUUCUGAGAACCCCUUCUCAAUACUGGAAGUCUCUGCAGUUCCAGAGCGCCAUCAGUGGUGUCUUCUUCCUGUCCUUGUUUCCCCACCAGGAGGCUAGAUUCCUCAUGCCGGCAGUUCCGCUCCUGAUUUCCUGCUACGACAUCAAUGCUGUGCCAAGAAGAUUUACCUCGGCUAUAUUCCUCCUGUCGUACGUGUUCAACAUCAUCAUGGGCUUCCUUAUGGGUACUCUUCAUCAAGGAGGAGUGGUUCCAGCCCAACACUACCUGUCCAAACACGUUGACAGCGGCUCGCACACAGUGGUCUACUGGAGAACAUACAAACCUCCCUCGUGGCUGUUAGGUAUUCCAGAGGGUGAGCUUGAGAUUCUCGAUAAAGACCAUCCUCUAGGAACAAACCUGUUCAAAAGAGUCACGGAUGAGAUCGAAAACAUCCAAAUCAGACACAAAAAGACCAUGGUGACGGUUCUGGAUCUCAUGGGAUCUUCUCCAGAGUAUGUCAAUGAUGUCAUUGCAGCUCUGGCACCGAUUAACCCCCUCCUUGUUGCACCAGUAGCUGGUCUGAAGGAGCUAGACCUUCCCGCGUACAAGGAGGUGUGGAAGACCCGAUUCCAUCUUGGAUUGGACCACAUUGAUGGGUUGGAGAGCCUGGAACCGGGUCUAGUGGUCUUGGAAGUGCUAUAA